AACAUAAAAGGGGAGGAGCGGACAGAAGCUUCUUACCCAGGUAAUCUCCUGACCCAUCUGCUGUUCAUCAGCGCUCACUGAGCUCUUCACUGGACUCACUGCACCGACCCAACAACAGCGCAGCACCAUGCUGCUCUCGCCGGCGGCCGAGCGGAGUCAGGACAGCUUGCUGUCGGUACUGUGGGAGAUACUGGAGGAUCAGUCUCAUCACGAGCUGUUUGGUCUUGAGUUAGGAUCUGGCACAGGGCAGCAUGUGGUACAUUUCGCUCAAGAAAUGCCCUUCGUCACAUGGCAGCCGUCAGACAUCAAGGAGGAAUCGCGAAACAGUAUCAGAGCUUACAUUGGGGCCACCAAGGCGAAAACAGUGCUGGAGCCUGUGUAUCUGGAUGCCAGUGAACCCUGGGAGAAGUGGGCAGGACUGCCACAAAGCUCCUGUGACAUUAUCAUAGCAAUCAACCUGCUUCAAUACAGCGCCUUCAGCAUUGCAGAGGGUGUGUUUAAAGGAUCUGGGCAGAUACUAAAACAGAACGGCCUUCUAAUGACUUACGGACCGUAUGCUAUCAAUGGCACCAUCACUCCCAUCUGCAAUGAACAACUGGACCAGACGUUACGCCAGAUGAAUCCGGAGUGGGGUCUUCCAGACAUCGAUGUGCUCAGACAGCUGGCCUUCAGUAAUGGAAUGAGAAUGGAACGGAUGAUUGAGAUGCCUGAAAGCAACAAAUGCCUUGUCUUCAGAAGACUGUAGGAAAUCCAUUCAUUCAGAGCACAUGGAUCCAGUUUUCAGGAUAAAGCAGCCACAGUGCUUCACUUUCUAUCAAUCACUCAUUUUCACAU